UACCUGUGCGGGAGACUCUGCGGCCGCCAGACUUCUGACAACAAAGCAGAGCGCGCGGAAGGCGCGCGCGCGCGCUGCAGCAGCGGCGGCAGCAUCAGCGGCGGCCGUUGGAGCCACCGGCGGGUCUCUGGCGCCUUUCCACCACGGGUCUCCGGGUCCUGACUAGCCUGGCAUCUUUCCUGCUUGGGUUUCCGUCCGCUUGGGUUUCCGAUGCCGGCCGUUAACAUGGCUCAGGCUGGGCGGUGACUGGGGACCCGGCAAUCUUGACCGGAACAGAGACUUCUCUCCCCCCCCCCCACCCCAGUUCUUGAUUCGCGACGUCCGUGAGAGAAAAGGGAGGCGGGGGGGGCGUCGCGGUGUCGGUCCACCAUGAGCACCUUCGCCUUGGAAGAGACCUUGGAGGCGGACUGGGUGGCCGUGAGGCCUCACGCCUUCCACGAGCGGGAGAAGCAGAAGUUUGCCUUUAUCGUGGCCUGGAAUGAGAUCGAGAGCAAGUUCGCCAUCACCUGCCAUAACCGGACGGCGCAGAGGCAGCGCAGCGGCUCCCGGGAGUUCCGCCGCACUGGCGCGGUGGGCCCCGGGGCGCCCGAACAGCUAAGCGCCUCCUGUAAAACGGCCGGCAGCCCCACUAUACGAAAAUCCCCGGCCCGACGCGCCGCGGAGCCCAUCCAAGCCAGGAGCUCGCCGGCAUCGCCUGCCCGGGCCGAGUCGCUUCCGCGAAGCCCGGGCAGCCGAGCGGUUGAGGCGUCGCAGAGGAGCCCGGCGAGGACGAAGAGCAGCCUGGCCCGGAGGCCUCAGCCCGCUCCGAAGGCGCCGCUCAGCCCAGCGGCCUGCGCGGCCGAAGAUCUGGAGGAGCUGGAGCUGGGCAAGGACGAGCAUUCGGGAGGUGCCGUCGCUGCCGCCUUUCUCCUCCCUUCUCCCGCCGGGCCUCAAGCGACCGAGUCGCCCACCGCGGCCUCCGCCGAGGUGGAAGCGCUAUCUGGAGAGGAAUGUAGCUGGGCCGGCCUCUUCUCUUUCCAGGAUCUGCGGGCCGUCCAUCAACAGCUGAGCUCGGUGAACUCCGAGCUGGAGCCCUGUUUGCCCGUCCUUCCCGAGGAACCGUCGGGGAUGUGGACGGUGCUCUUUGGGAUUCCAGAGCUCUCGGAGGAAGAGAUGGAUGAGCUGUGUUACCAGCUGCAGGUAUACCUGGGCCACUGCCUCGAUACUUGCGGCUGGAAGAUCCUCUCGCAGGUACUCUUUACCGAAACCGAUGACCCGGAGGAAUAUUACGAGAGUCUGAGCGAGCUUCGGCAGAAGGGCUAUGAGGAGGUUUUGCAAAGGGCCCGUAAGCGCAUUCAGGAGCUUCUGGAAAAACACAAGAAUACAGAAAGCAUGGUGGAGUUGCUGGAAUUAUAUCAAAUGGAAGAUGAUGCAUAUGGUAGCCUUGCUGAAGCCACCACAGAACUCUAUCAAUAUUUACUGCAGCCAUUCCGAGAUAUGAGGGAACUUGCUAUGCUCAGAAGACAGCAAAUAAAGAUUUCCAUAGAAAAUGAUUACCUAGGACCUAGAAGAAUUGAAAGUCUUCAAAAAGAAGAUUCAGACUGGCAACGGAAGGCUCAUAUGGCUGUAUUAUCCAUACAGGACCUUACAGUAAAGUACUUUGAAAUAACAGCAAAAGCACAAAAAGCUGUAUAUGAUCGUAUGCGAGCAGACCAGAAAAAGUUUGGUAAGGCAGCUUGGGCAGCAGCAGUGGAACGAAUGGAAAAACUUCAGUAUGCAGUGUCUAAAGAUACUUUGCAAUUGAUGAGAGCAAAAGAAAUAUGUUUAGAACAGAAGAAACAUGCAUUAAAAGAAGAGAUGCAGAGCUUGCAAGGGGGCACAGAAGCUAUAGCUCAUUUGGAUGAACUUGAAGCUGAUUACUAUGAUCUGCAACUUCAAUUGUAUGAAGUGCAGUUUGAAAUUCUGAAGUGUGAAGAACUAUUUUUGACAGCACAACUUGAAAGCAUUAAAAGACUUAUUUCAGAAAAAAGAGAUGAAGUAGUAUAUUAUGAUACUUAUGAAAGUAUGGAAGCCAUGCUUGAAAAAGAAGAUAUGGCAGCAUCCAUACAUUUGCAAAGAGAAGAGUUGCAGAAAUUACAACAGAAAGUCCGUCAACUAGAAGCAAGGCGUGGUCGCAUUUCUGCCAAAAAAGCCUACCUCAAAAAUAAAAAGGAAAUCUGCAUUACAAAACAUAAUGAAAAAUUCUCACAACAUUCUCAGACUGAGGGAGAGUCAGAAAAUGCUGCAAAGUUUAAAAGAGAGCGGUUGCAAGAUGAGGUAGAAAGAAAAAACUCAUGGGUUAGUCAAGAACGACAGAAAACAUUGGACAGACUUCGAACAUUUAAACAGCGCUAUCCUGGGCAAGUAAUUCUUAAAUCAACUAGACUUCGGCUGACUCAUGCAAGAAGAAAAAGUACAGCCACUUCAACAUCUUGUCUAGAACAUCCACCAUCUUCACCAGUAACUACACAGACAGAUAAUAUGGAGCAAGAAAAAGUAAUCCAGCCUUUACAAAAACAGGAGUCUACAAGUUUAGGACAAUUUGAAGAUAUUUUUCUAUCUCCCAGUAGUGUUACAUCUGAAUUUUCUCAAACUGAUUCUCUUCCAGCUGUCAUUAGUAAUGAAUUUCAUUCCAAAACAAUUAGUGAGGCACCAUUUCCUCCUCCUCUACCACCACCACCACCACCACCACCACCUCUGCCCACCAAGGAAGAAUCUACUCAGUGUUCUGAAAAAAGCACCAGUCCUGUUAAACAAAGCAAUGCAGAGAAGCCAGCUCCGUUGCUCACUAUUGCACCAUCAGCUCAUUUUUUUGAUAGCAGUGAAUUAGUCAGUGCCAAGAAAAAAUUGAAGAAAACUGGUGAUAUAGAAGGAUUGCAAAGAAGAAGAGUGAGUUCACCAAUGGAUGAAGUUUUGGCUUCCCUGAAACGUGGCAGCUUCCACCUGAGGAAGGUUGAACAGAGAAAUCUACCCCCAUUUCCCGAUGAAGAUGACAGCAAUAACAUCCUGGCACAGAUAAGAAAAGGCGUGAAACUGAAGAAGGUUCAAAAGGACAUUAUGAAAGAAUCAUUCACAAUUUUACCUGAUGAUGAUCCUUUAACUCGCAGCAUCCAUGAAGCACUACGACGGAUUAAAGAGGCAUCACCAGAGUCUGAAGAUGAGGAAGAGAAUCUACCAUGCACAGACUGGGAGAAUUAAGGGAGAGAAAAUAUUAGAGUGCCUUAAGACUUACAGACAAUGUCUGAGGAUUCCAAUGAAUAAGAUAUUUCUUUCACUUCUGAACAUUCAUAAUCAACAGUUUGAUCAUCACUUUAGGAGAAUUUUACUCUGAGAAAAUAUUUGAUAUGUGUAUGAAUACAUUUUUUAAAUUCAUAGUAGAAGAUUUCAGUUGGACCAAAAGCUGCAUUAUUUAAGUGCACAUUUUGCAUAAUUCUGAGAAGAACCUUUCAAAAUAUUUUCUGAUUCUUCACUUACUUUUUACAUACAGUAUGUGUGAAACAUGUCAGCAGCUUUUGCAGCCAAGCUUCUUCCCAGCAUAAUUUACUAGAACAAGUAUGAAGUCUGACUCCAUUGAAGAUAUCAGUGUUUAAGAAAAAGUACUGCUACAUUGACAUAAAUUUCUUGUUACACCAACGGGAAUUCAUUUCACAUAGGAGAUAGAUUUGAAAGGAAAAUGCAUUUUAACUACUAAUAAUUCAAACUACAAAUUAGUUUGAAAGUGAGAAAUGUUUAAUGGAAAAUACUCUUAAGAAUGAAAUUCAUGUAUUUAAAAAUUUGUUACAGUCCUAAUGCAUUAUAAAACAAUAUAUAGCAAAACUCUUAGAAGGCCAUGGAUACUGUAAACACCUUAUAUUUUUAAAUUAGUGUUUGUUUGUUCUCUUACAGUAACUUUUUAAUUGCAGGGCUGAGUUAUAAUAAAGUUAUACAUUUUAUUUAUAGAAGCAAUAUUUUAUAAUGAGAACACUUAAAAUUAUUUUUAUCUAUUUGUUUGACUGUUCUUUGAUUACUCUAAGAAACUUUUAUUUAAGGAGAAUGCAAAAUUGAAAUGAGAUUUUACUUCUAAGUUGUAAAAUUAUAACCAUUUUCAUCCCCCUUCCAUUUUCAUUAUUCCCAUUCAUUGUUACAAAUAUAUUUGAAUUAUGUAAUACCCUACUUUAUUGUAAAUAAUUUAUUUUUAACCCCAGGAUAAUCGUCUAAAGGAGACCAAGCCUUCAAUACAGUGAAUACUUAAAGAAAUGUAUUCCUAAACAGCAUGAGUAAUAGCUGCAGGCAGCUCAUUUUGUACUGUCAGAAUACUAAACAGUAUUCCUGCAUCAAGGCUUGUCUUGUCCUGUUAAAAGUGAUCAAAACUCAAUUCAGGAGAAUUUUGAGUUUGGCCAGCUCCUUCUGUUAAAGUGUACUUUAUGCUUGGAAAAGGAUAAGAUCCCUUUAUCUUAGCAAAAAUCACAUUAAAAUUAUUUACUAUACUAAUUUGUUGUCCUGUUCCAAGAAUAUUUUAUAAGGUUGCAUAUUGGUAGGAAUGCGUAUAGUAACUUUACUUACUUUUUUGAACAAGAGAUUGUCCUUUUUUCUUUUAACAAAUAGUUGGAAAAAAACAUAAAACGUUUAAAUACGUUAUGAAUCUUAGCUCAAUACAACUGGUUCUUCAAAUUCCCUGGUCUUAUUAAUGACAAUAUUGGCUAUUUUAAAGUGAUGCCUACUAUUCUGUACUUGGCAGGUGUAUUUCUUCAGAUGCUUAUUGCCUUAUAUAAUCUAAAAUAUUAUCCUCUGAAGGAAAGCUUAAAAUAGUAUGAGUUCAAUUAACAUAGGAACACUAAACAGUUUGACAGAAAAAUAAUAUUGGUUAUAUUAGCAUCAGAUAUUUGUUUCAUUGGAAAAUUGAACAUACUGUAAUAUGUUAUUCAUAGUUGUAAUCCCAGAUAAUACAGGGUUCUGUGGCAAUAAGUCAUAAUUGCAAAAUGUAACUGUUAAAAGUUUGGAAAACCCCAUAAUGUCCAUACUGCGCUGAUGGUUAGUUGUGUCCACAAUAAAUAUACUGCAUUUGAAUAUAUUCCCAUGGCACAAAACAUGAACUUCUACAGUGAAGGUGAUAUGUGGAUCAUGCUAAACUUUGUGUAAUCAUUUGCAGCAGAAGUUUCAAAUUUCACUGGGUCCUUACUAAUCUAUUACCAGACAUUCUGUGCAAAGA